AUGUCGCGUACCACGAACUUCCGCAGUUACGACGCUCAGGCGCGUCUUCUUGCAGCGCUGGUUGCUUCUUUGGAGAACCAACGUUUCGACUUCAAGAAACACCGGAUGCGCACGGUCAAGGCCAUGGCCGAGGCCUGCCGUAAGCUGGUUGAGGCUGGCGAGGACCCCGCCCAGUAUGCCAUCUAUGAGCACUUUGACACGAAGCAGAAAAUCCAAAAGUACUUCGGUGCCAGCACCCCUGAUGGCAUUGGCUUUCAGUUCCGCUCUGUGAAGCAAGGUGCAAAAGUCCUGAUUGAUGCCGUUAACAAUGGCAAGGACCCUGUUCAGGCCUUUAAUGAGUGGAACAACGGCGGUUCUUCCAGUAUUCCUGCCACCCCGGCCGGCCGUGGUGCCAAGCGUGCUCGUGCUCCAUCCAUGAAGAAGACGCCUGGUACUACUCCGGCUUCCAAGCGCCGCAAGCAGAUCAAGCUUGAGGAUAUCACCGACGAUGAGGAUUCUCCCGAUGCUGACUACUCAGAUCUUGACACCACUCCGACCAAGAACAAGCCCAUAUCUGGUGCUAAGAAGAUCAACGACGUCGAUUUGACAGCUGAUGAUAAUCUGGACAAGCCUGCCUUUAGCACAAAGAGCACUCUGAACAAGCUCGUCAAGGCUGAUUGUGCUGCUCACGAAGCCACGGCUGGAGGUAUUCAUGCUGUGUGUGAGACGGGCACUUCCUCCAAGGGUGCUGUUGCUGCUCAAGCACCUACGACGGACCAGGAUUCCGGUCCUCAGCAGGAUGAUGAUGUUCUCGUAGCAGCAUCCAGCUUUACUCUGCCUCCUAUCCCAGGCACUGGCUCAUCUUCCACUGCCGAUGUGAGCACUCUUGAUGCCCAAAACACUUCGUUAUUUAACCUCCCCCCUGCUCGCCCGCCCAUCAUUCCCUCGCUGGCCUCCUUUCCAGACAACGUCAAGUACGCCAGUCCCAACUCCGCCGCCCGGUCUAUCCUAACUUCUUCGGCCCCCAUAUCCUCCAAUACAACCGUCACCAUCAACGGCAGCAAGGCCAAGGGAUUCAAGCCCGACUCGGAAGCACCAUCCACGACCGUGUCUCUUUCGCAGUGUCAGUCGCGCUCGUGCUCUAAGACCCCGGUCCAGGCCAUGAGCCAGUCCUUCACGUUCGAAAAUGAGUCAGAGCCAGAGGUUACCAACUCCGCUGGCGAAGCGCUCGACCUGCAUGAUACCUACCGUUCUGUGGUGCGUGGUCGUCGGUCGGAGUCAGUCGCCACGUAUUUUACCGCUGUCGAUAGUGCCACUGGCCAAAGCCAUGCUGGUACUGGUUCCGUUAACUUCGACAGCCAUGAUGUCGAUGGGGACGACGAGUGGGAUGCUGGCGAUGUUUAG